AGCGCUCAACAGAAACGACGGACCGACGACGGGCGCGCGUUCCCGCAGUAAAGAUGGCGGCCGCGGUGGCGGCGGAGGGGGCGGGACUUCCGGCGCCGGUGGAAGAUGGCGGACGAGGCGACGCGUCGGGCGGUGUCGGCGCUGCCGGUGCUGCGGACGGGCGCGGGGCCCCGGGACCGGGACCUGUGGGUCCGCCGCCUCAAGGAGGAGUAUCAGGCGCUCAUCGCGUACGUGGAGAACAACAAGAAGGCCGAUAACGACUGGUUCCGGCUGGAGUCCAACAAGGAAGGGACCCGUUGGUUUGGGAAAUGCUGGCACAUCCACGACCUCCUCAAGUAUGAGUUCGACGUCGAGUUUGAUAUCCCCGUGACGUACCCCGGGACCGCGCCCGAGAUCGCCAUCCCCGAGCUGGACGGGAAGACGGCCAAGAUGUACAGGGGCGGCAAGAUCUGCCUGACGGACCACUUCAAGCCCCUGUGGGCCCGGAACGUCCCCAAGUUCGGCCUGGCCCACCUCAUGGCCCUGGGGUUGGGACCUUGGCUGGCGGUGGAGAUCCCGGACUUAAUCCAGAAGGGGCUGAUCCAGCACAAGGAGAAGUGAGGAGUCCGGCUGACCGUCGUGCGGAGGGGACGGGAAGGGGGUGACGCCCAGUCCCGACGCCCCGGGGACCGGCCAGGCGGAGCCCCCGGAAUGCCCGGACAUUCCCACGGCCGCCCCGCGCUGCACGCCGGGCUUCAUUCCACCUUCCCACCGUAGGUCUUUCCCCCCCGGUUUGGGAGGCCGGGAGGGUCCCCUAACUGGGGGACCAUGAGAAGAGGGGGACCCCCCCCACCCUCCGCCGGCUCCCCGGGAUGCGUAUGUGGAGAUUGUCCGUCCUCCCAGCCCCCAAAUAAACACUUCCUCCCCGCUGCC